AAGCUGCGCGAAACUGUAUCACCGGAGGUCGAGAAGCUCUUCAUCAUGGCACAAUACAAUAAAAACAUCCUCCACUAUGACUACCAGACCAGACGUCGAGUUUGGGACAGCAUUUACAAGCGAAUCGACGCACCCAUCGGUAACCCAUACCGAUUCGCCCACAUCAGCUCUCAUCGACACUUGCGUCUAGAUGACCAAGUGCGAAGUUUCCUGAGCGAAGACAUAAAGAACAGACUACCAACAAACAUGGAUCCGUGUGACUAUAAUAGCCUCCCUGAAGAGGUUCAAGACGGCGCAUCAAACCGCAGUCCACGUCGACCAACAACCACAACAACCAGCGCCAUCAUCCCUGGCCCGUACGCCAACGAUGACAUUAUCCACUCGCCUACAGCGCAAGCCGCGACUCGCCCAAGAUCGCCCAUAUCAGAAGUCUACCACACACCAUCUCAAGGCCACCUACGCCGCCCGACCAAGAUUAGCAAUUCGCCCCGACGAACGCAGGAGAACAAGCAGUCUACAAAAAAGCCACAAACACCUACCAAACCUACAACUCCGAAGAAAACUAAAUCUCCUAAAUCUCCAAAAACUCCUAAGAACAAACACACUGCAUCCAAAGCGAAACAAGUCGAAGAGAGCGAAUCAAGCAAAUCAGUCAACCCUACUUCUACUAUUACCAAUGACUCUGACUGGGACGAAUACGCCAACGUCGCGAGCCCCCACAAAGAACACUGCCUGUUGUGCCACCACUACAAGCAACUGAACACCAUGGUUGCCGACAAUCGCAUGAAUAAGGCGCGCAGACUUAUCAGCAGGAAUAAUUACGAGAAUUCCCUUCACCUCGCAGCACGACGAGUAACAGACUAUCAAUACAUAUUGGGUCUGAUGGAGAAGACCGCAUCAGUCACCCAACCCAUCUACGACCCGGCCGACACGCGCCUGUGGCCCCAGCUCGCCGAACACAUGGCUGAGCUGCUGGAGACCCGCGCGAAAGAAGAAAAGGAGGCCAUGAACAAACUCCUAGAGAACUUCCGCCGCACUACCUUCGUGCUGGUGGACCGUGACAACCUCUACAACGAAGAAGACCACAUCAACUGCCCUAUGUGCAAAGAGCUUCCACUCUCCGGUGAACAGAUCAACGUGUCAGGGCCGAUGCCAUACCCUGCAGAGGUGGUGCUGGAAAAGCUCACCGAAGAAGAGAGAGAAGAAUAUGAGACUUGGUGGAGAAGCCUAUUCCCACUUUCCGACGAAUCUGACGAAUCUGACGUCAAAGAUUCCCUUGAGGAAUCGGAUGAAGACAAGAACAAAAACACGAACAAUGACAUGGACGAAGACAUGGACGACUACAUGAGCGAAGAGGAAGAUGACGACUGGUCCUGCGACGUUGAUUCAGACAUCGACCUCGAACUCUUCAACAACUACUGAAGAGUUGUCUCUGUCUUUGUGUCAGCAACAUUAGAUGUCCACAUGACAUCGAUGUUUUCUAGGCGAACAAGCCUUGUUUCAAAUUGUAUGGAAUGAAUAUUGUAUGGAACGAAAGGAAUUAUGAAUAUGAUGGAAGCAUGAGUUUACAGAAAAGGAGUUGAACGAAGCAUUCUCAACUACCAUGUUUUAUUUUUUGGGGAUAUACCUACCCACUAUCAGGGAGGUAUAUUGGUGGACGACUCUCACCAUCAACAUCAUCACCUCUACCUAGAGAGAUGAACUAUCCGCCGGGUUUAUCACUUGAAACCCCAACCCCAACCACCCGAACAAACAACUUUAUCUGGGGAAUGAGAGUAUGGUUAUGGCCAUGGGCAUGGGCAUGGGCUCAAACGUGUUUGAAAUGGGGACAACCGUGUUGGAAAUGGCGGAGUAAUGACAUGUUCAGUCAGGGGAAGGCAUCGUCAAGUUCAAUGCUCAUAAAAUGAAGCAGGACUUGAUGAUAUUUUGAUAACCAAACAUCAAUGGGAAUCAAUUGCCUUCAACCAAAAGCAUCUAACAUCGUGAGAUGUGAUUUGUGAAGUAAUAUGUGUGAAGUAGUAG